CACCACUCCACCAACUUCUCACCAUCCACCCAACAUCACCACCACAACCACACACCCCCAGUUCUUCAAAAUGGAGACCCUCACCACACCCCCCGACACCACCUCCUUCAUCCCUCUCGCCGAACACCAAUCCCGCACCCCAAGUUCCUUCCACUCCGGCCCAGCAGUCCUGUACUCCCACCACCAAAACUGCAAAUUGGUUAUCCUGGAGCGCGAUGUCCUCGCCAUCCCAGCCCUGAGCGCUCUGCGCGGAUCCCCCUCCACCGCAAACGGCACAUCCAGUACCACCGACGAAGACAAGGAAAUCGUCAUCGAGGGUGUGAACGUCUGGGUUACAUCUGAGAAAUUCCUCCUCCACAACCCAACCACCACCAGCGGCCUGUCAAUCCCCUACCCCACCAUCCACCUACACGCGAUCCAGCGUCUCCGUCUCCCCACCUCCCCGGAAGAAGAAGAACAAGUCCAGGGAUUAUACAUGCAACUCGCGCACCCCUCCCCGGCACCAUACACCUCCGCCGACGACGAAGAAGAACCCCUAAUUAUCACGAUCGUUCCUGGGCCUGCGAUCACCCAACAACAACAAGAAGACGAGGUUGAGGAAGAGGAGAAAGAAGAAACGCCCACGCAAACCCUCUACGCUGCCGUAUUGGCGUGCUCGAAUCUGCAUCCGGAUCCGGUGGAGGAUGGGGACGAGGAUGAGGGUGAAGAGGAGGGUGGAUUGUUGCAGGCUGGGUUGGUUUCUAUGGGGAGUACGGAGGGGGGAUUGCCCCCGCCGGUGGAGGGGAGCUCGGGGUGGAUUACGGCGGAGAAUAUGCAUGAGUUUUUUGAUGAGGAGGGGAAUUGGAUUGCGGGGGGGGAGGAGCCGAGUUUGUCGUUGGGGCCUGGGGCGGGGACCGUGAGGCAGAGGGAGGAUGGCGAGGGGGGUGAGGAGGAGGGGGUGAAUGGGGAGGGCGAGAGUGAGGAGACGAAGUGGAGGAGGACGGACUAG